GCGCCCGAGCAGAUGAACGGGACGAUUGCCGCGCCGCCGCCGCCGCCGCCCUCGACCGGGAGGGGGAAGAAGAGAAACGCCGCUAGGAUCACGAAUGGCGCCUCCGCGGCUGGGCGGAGAGGCGUGGGCUUGCUGGGCGGUGUUGGGCUGGGCGAGAGAAUGCUCGGAAGUAGUGCGGAGGAGGAUGAUGACGAUGUCGAGGUGCUCGAGGGCGAGAAGUUGCAGGUUGUCAAGAGGAGCCGCGGUGCUUAGGUGUCUAAGGGCCUAGGUGCUCUGGAGAUGGAGGAUGGGGCAUGGGAGAUGGAAAAAUGGCGACGGGAUAGCGCACCGUCACCGACCAUAUCGAUAACGACGACGGCGUUUUUUGCUUGGAAAGCUCGGGUUUACUUUCAUCGCGUCGAGGCACGACCAUUACAAUACCACUACUGCUACUGCUGCUACAUCAUCACUACAUACUUGCCUACACUAUGCCACAGCGUCGUAAUGGUCCUGUUUUUGGGGUUUUCUGUGUUCUUUUCUUUUUUCUUUUUGUUUUGUAUCUUACAACGCUGCGUGCGCGGCAUGGGCAGAAGGGGUUGGGUUUCUUUUCUUUCGUUUUUAUUUGCAUCUUUCCAACAACCACCACCACCACCAUAUGAUACCACCACCUGCCGAGGGCGUCUUCUUGUUUUUUUUUUUAUUUUACCCGUCAGUAUCAGCACCGCGCACAUUUCAUUUUCGAGAUUGAACUUUCAGCGGUGGAGAAAUGGAGCAGGAUGGACGCGCGGUCCGGAAGCUGUAGAAUGGAAUGCGUGAGACAGACAAAUUCCAGUCGCUGAGCAAUCAAGCCUCGAGUGAGGAGAUAUACUCAUUUCAC